AUGGACUGGAAUGCCAGCAGUACAGCCGAUUUGCUAGUGGCCCCCGGCACGACGGUCUUCUCAGCCGUAUCUUCGCCAUCGCCGGUCACUGGGACCCACGGCGGCGGCAGUAUGGCGAACCCGGGAACACCCGCCGGUGACGUGACCAUAGCAACGGUCGCCCAACACUUCCAUGCCGGCCUCCCGUUCCCGUCGGAGCUGCUGACGUUCCUUCGGCAAACGACUACGAUAGCGGCCUCGGCGUCGGCCCCGUCCGCGACCGGUGUGCCGGUGAGCAGCGCGUCGGUGACGAACCUUUCCACCUUUCUGAGCAACAUCACGCUCCGGGCACUGACGGCAUCGUCCGGUCCGGGCGGUGCGGGAACGUCCAGUUCGGCCGAGUUCACCGCCAACCUGUCCCGACGCUUUCCGCAUCAUCCGUUUUUCAGCAGCUUCUACAACGACUCGGCGUUCGAGAUUUGCCCCUCGAUACAGAUGCCGGUUGGUAACGUGAUUUCGAUGAUCCUGUACGCGCUGGUGGCUAUCGUCGGGUUGUUCGGCAAUACGCUCGUUAUUUACGUAGUGCUCCGAUUUUCCAAAAUGCAAACGGUCACGAAUAUGUACAUCCUCAAUCUGGCCAUCGCCGAUCAGUGCUUCCUGAUCGGGAUUCCGUUCCUCAUCACGACGAUGCACCUUGGCGAGUGGACCUUCGGAAAUGGGAUGUGCAAGGCUUAUAUGGUUAGUACCUCGAUCACGCAGUUCACUUCCUCCAUCUUCCUGUUCAUCAUGUCCGCCGAUCGGUACAUCGCCGUAUGCCAUCCGAUCUCGUCGCCCCGCUUCCGAACGCCGCUCGUUUCGAAGGUAGUGUCGGCGAUCGCGUGGACCGCAUCGGCCCUCAUAAUGCUCCCGGUGAUGCUGUACGCCAAUACGAUUCACCGCGAGAAGAACAAGAUGUCGUGCAACAUCAUGUGGCCAUCGGAGACCGGCGCCAACUCGGGCACGACAUUCACGCUGUACUCGCUCAUCCUCGGGUUCGCCAUCCCGCUGUCGUUGAUCCUGAUGUUCUACUAUCUCGUCAUCCGCAAGCUGCGGACCGUUGGGCCGAAGUCCAAGUCGAAGGAAAAGAAACGCUCGCACCGCAAGGUGACGAAGCUCGUGCUGACGGUCAUUACCGUGUACGUACUCUGCUGGCUACCGUACUGGAUCUCGCAGGUGGCCCUCAUCAACUCGCCACCGGACAUCUGCAAGUCGCGGCUUGAAAUCACCGUUUUCGUGCUGGUUAGCUGGCUCGGGUACAGCAACUCGGCCAUGAACCCGAUCCUGUACGCGUUCCUGAGCGACAACUUCAAGAAGAGCUUCCUGAAGGCUUGCACCUGCGCCAAGGGCAAGGAGAUCAACGCUCAGCUGCAAAUCGAGAACAGCUUCUUUCCGCGAUUCGUCCGCAACCGCGGCUCCGAGCGGGGUAACUCGACGAAGGUGUUGCCGGCGGCGAACACUCGUCAGGCGAAGGUGGCGGCCGAUCAGCAGCAGCAACAACAACAGCCAGGACUGCAUCAGCAGCAGCAGCAGCAACAGCAGCAACUGCAGCCACCGGUCCUGGACAACAACAACAGUAGCAACGUUAACAACAACAGCGCGAAAAGUGUGGUCGGUGGUGGGUCGGUCAACGGUAGGAACGGGAGCUACACCAGUGGCGUGCCGUUCAGUGCGUGCUCCACCGAUCAGCCCUCCAGUGCCCGGGGCUCAUCCAUGACGGCACCGUCAACGAGUGUGACGACCAUCCAGUCGUCAUCGUACCGGCGACCAUCGGCCGACCAGCAAUCGUCGCCAGCACCGACCGUGCCCAUCGCGAGUCGGGACGGCUCCCGUCCACCAACAGCUGCUACACUGUCUGUGGCCGCCACGACCGACUCUUUGCUUUCGUCCGGCUUCUGCUGCGGCUCGCCCGUAAGCACAGCGGCCACGGUCACGGCAUCACCGCUGACCGCCUGCUCCUUUUCCACCGGCUCCUUCACCACAUCCUGCGCUACCUCCUGCACGCUGCUGGCCUCGACUGGCACAACCUUCUCCGGUUCCUGCGGCUCCGGUUCGUCAUGUUUCGCUUCGGCGCCGACCACUGCCACGGGUUCGGGAUCCUUCAACCCUUGGACGGUCGUCGUAACCUCCGUAACCUGCUGGUGUUCUGCCUCGGGUUUCACUGGCUCCGGAUCCCGGGCGACCUCGGACGUCUUCACUUCAGUCGGCACCUCCGAUUUGAGCUCCGGUUUCGGGACGUCCGGGACGGUCGGUUCAACCUUCGUCGGUGGCACGACCGGAUCCUUCACUUCACCGCCACUGUUUUCCACAUCGGUAGCCGUCGCUGGCUUCGGGGACGGAGUCUGUGCGCCGGUGGCCGGUUCCUUGGACUCGUCCGAUUCGUUCGAUUCCGACUCGGACGAGUUGUCAGCCUUGCGGGGCUUACUGGGCGCUGCCAGCGCCGAUGCCACCAGCAGGCUCACCAAGCAGAUGCACACGAUGGCGGGCUUCAUCUUCUACGGAACGGAACGGAACCUGUUUUUACGUUUAGAGACAACUAAGACACGCUCUCGAUGCACUGACACGGUUGAUCGGCAGCUAGGAACACACUGA